CAUGGAUACGCCCAGGGUCCUGCUCUCGGCCGUCUUCCUCAUCAGUUUCCUGUGGGAUUUGCCCGGUUUCCAGCAGGCUUCUAUCUCGUCCUCUUCGUCCGCUGAGUUGGGCUCCGCCAAGGGCAUGCGAAGUCGCAGGGAAGGGAGGAUCCCGCGGGCGCAGCGAGAGAGUGGCACGGCCCGGGUGCCCGCCGAGCGCCAGGAGCCAGGGCCGUGGCAGUGGGAGGAUCCCGGCGGCCCGCUGGAGCAGCCCCAGGCGCACGAGUCGCCCGGACGGGGCCCGCGCGUGGUGCCCCACGAGUACAUGCUGUCAAUAUACAGGACCUACUCCAUCGCCGAGAAGCUGGGCAUCAACGCCAGCUUCUUCCAGUCUUCCAAGUCGGCCAAUACCAUCACUAGCUUUGUAGACAGGGGGCUAGACGAUCUCCCGCACACUCCUCUCCGGAGACAGAAGUAUUUGUUUGAUGUGUCCACGCUCUCAGACAAAGAAGAGCUGGUGGGCGCGGAGCUGCGGCUCUUUCGCCAGGCGCCCGCAGCGCCCUGGGGGCAGCCGGCGGGGCCGCUCCGCGUGCAGCUCUACCCCUGCCUGUCGCCGCUGCUGCUGGACGCGCGGACCCUGGACCCGCAGGGGCGCCGGGCCGGCUGGGAAGUCUUCGACGCCUGGCAGGGCCUGCGCCACCGGCCCGGGAAGCAGCUGUGCUUGGAGCUGCGCGCCGCGUGGCACGAGCCGGGCGCCGCCGAGGACGAGGCGCGCGCGCCGGAGCCCCAGCAGCCGCCCGCCCCGGACCUGCGGAGUCUGGGCUUCGGCCGGAGGGUGAGGCCCCCCCAGGAACGCGCCCUGCUGGUGGUGUUCACGCGAUCCCAGCGCAAGAACCUGUUCGCGGAGAUGCGCGAGCAGCUGGGCCCCGGCGCGGGCGCCCACGGGUCGUGGCCGCCGCCGUCGGGCGCUCCAGGGGCCGGGCCGUGGCUGCCCUCGCCCGGCCGCCGGCGGCGGCGCACGGCCUUCGCCAGUCGCCACGGCAAGCGGCACGGGAAGAAGUCCAGGCUGCGCUGCAGCAAGAAGCCCCUGCACGUGAACUUCAAGGAGCUGGGCUGGGACGACUGGAUUAUCGCGCCCCUGGAGUACGAGGCUUACCACUGCGAGGGCGUGUGUGACUUCCCGCUGCGCUCGCACCUGGAGCCCACCAACCACGCCAUCAUCCAGACGCUGAUGAACUCCAUGGACCCCGGCUCCACCCCGCCCAGCUGCUGCGUGCCCACCAAAUUGACUCCCAUCAGCAUCCUGUACAUCGACGCCGGCAAUAACGUGGUCUACAAGCAGUACGAGGACAUGGUGGUGGAAUCCUGCGGCUGCAGGUAGCGGCGCCUUUCUGGCCGCCUUGGCCCCGCAGGGGAGGCCUGACUGCAGAGGGGCGGAGGAAGAGCUGGCCUAGGAGGAGGCGAGAGGGUAGGGAGCAGCCUGGACCUGAGGCUGGGAGAUAGGGGGAGCUCAGCCUGCCCAGAAGCUUCCACCUGCCAGCCCACAGGGAGACACGGAUUUUCACACCUUGCCAGGCCACCGUGGAAAAACAAGUCAAGGAGGAUUUCUUAUAUUUUUCUUUAUUAUUGUGGCUUUGGAUUUCCUGGUGUGUCUCACAGGUUUUGCUAGGAGGUGGGGGAAGGGGAGACGCAUAUUUGUUUCUCAACUGCUCCAUAGAUCUUUUUUUUUUUUUUUUUUUAAAUUACAGUUUAAGAAGGAAAACAGUGUGGCAGGAAGAAUCACCGUUGACCACUUCUUGAUUUGAUUACUUUCUACCUGUGUAAGGAAGGUGGGGUCUUUCCGGCCAUGUCAUAGCCCAUGCUUUGUGACCUCCCAAGCAGAAAGAGUUGAAACAGAGGAACUGAUCCUGGGAUUUGGAAAGCCAGGAAGGGCCCUGUUUUCAGAAGAGACUUGAGAGGGAAGAGCUUUGCGAGAAAGCUGGCAUUUUUAGCCCACUAGUGUAUUGCUGUGAGCUUCCCAGUCCUGCCCCUGGCCUCUCCCAGUAUGGGGAACAGGCAGCCUGCGGUUCACUUCAGGGGACUCAGGUCACUGCCUUUACUGUUACAUUUUCUGGUGGGGAAAGGGGAGCUGGUAUGGAUGGAAUGACAAGAAUGAGUCCAGUAGAACCCCCUGAAGGAUAAUGAGAAACCACAAGGCCUGCCUCUGACCAGGGCUGACACAGAGGAGCAUUAGUCCAGGCUGCAGGUAACCCACCCCAAAGCCUUUGGUAGUGUCUGUUUCUAAUUGGUUUCCUUGAAUGGAAUUUGCCAAAAUUGACAUUUCCUUUUAAGGGGACUGUGAUUGCCCAGGUUUAAAAAAAAAAAUUGAUUAGGGGUGAGAAGCUAAGGUAAGAGGUUCAGAGAAGGGGGAAAUAUUCCGAGAAAUAGAAGGGGGAUAUCAGGACGGGAGAGGGUGAACCCCACUGGGGAUGGGGAGAGAGAUGCAGGCAGAGAGCAGGGAGGUGGAUGAAAGGGGGCACAAGUCCCUAUCUCCAGAGCUUCUUUAAAAUCUUUGUUCCCUCCCCUCUAGCUGACAUUCCUGAAGGAUUACCAGCCUGCAAUAGCCCAGGGCUUCCCCAAAAGAAUUGUUUCAGAUUGUAAUUACCAGUUAGGCAAUGUUUUUAAAACCUGGUAAUGAGAAACUGUGAAAAGAGCAAAGUAUUACAUUGAGCUUGGGGUGGGAGCUGAGGAAUGGGCAGUGAAGAGUCAGGGGUGGAAUUCAUCGUCCCCAAAGAAGCAGGAGGGAACACAAUGCAAUUUAAAUUCCCAUUCCCAGAUUGUUGAAAGCAUGACUUUUCCCCCAACCUGAACCAGUAUUAUUUUCAAGCAUUGUCCAUACUUAGACCCUUUGAAGAAUGAGCUUCUUUCUUAUCUUUGACCAUGAAAUGGUUUACACAAGGGGACUGCUACCAACCAUUGAAAAAAGAUUUUGUUUUUCCUUAGUGGUUUUGCUCUCUUGGUCUAAACCUGUUGCUUGUUUGGUUCAGAGAACUACAAACUGUCCGAGAAAGGGCGAGAAUAAAAAUAAAUGCUAAUAUAAAACGCUAAGGAAAAAAAAAAAAAAAGGACUUGGCCAGAAGAAAUAAUUUAAAAUGCACAUUUGCUUUGGAUGCACUGUUGUUCUGUUUAGGCUGUAUAUAUUUGUUUAUUUAAGGUGAUUGAAAGUACAAAGAGGAAAUGGACAGCAUGCAAUUCAUCUUAAUGUACAAAACGUUAU